AAGAAGUGUGAUGUGACCCGAAGCAUCCCACAUGAUCGGACAGUGGAACAGGAGAGUCCAAAUCUAACAUUACUCCUCUCCUUUCACUCAGAACAUCUUUUUUUAAUAGCACCAUGUCAACGCAUUUCAAGAGCGGACCUGCUUUCGGACUGUCUGCGGAGGUCAAGAGUAAGCUGGCCCACAAGUAUGACCUUCAAAAGGAGGAGGAGUUAAGAAUGUGGAUUCAUGAAGUCACAGGCCACAAACUCCCUGAGAACUUCAUGGAGGGACUGAAAGACGGACUCGUCCUCUGCGAGCUGAUCAACACCCUUCAGCCCGGCUCUGUGAGAAAGAUCAACAAUUCUCCUCAAAACUGGCAUCAGCUGGAAAACAUUGGUAAUUUUGUCCGAGCGAUUCAAGAGUACGGAAUGAAGCCACAUGAUAUAUUCGAGGCCAAUGACCUGUUUGAGAACGUCAACCACACUCAGGUCCAGUCCACACUUAUUACGCUGGCUGGGAUGGCUAAAUCUAAAGGUUUACACAGUAAAUACGACAUCGGAGUGAAAUAUGCUGAGAAACAACAGCGCAAAUUUGCCCCUGAGAAACUAAAGGAAGGACGCAACAUUAUUGGUCUGCAGAUGGGAACCAAUAAGUUUGCCAGUCAAAAGGGAAUGACAUCAUAUGGCACACGCCGACACCUCUAUGAUCCCAAGACAGCGAUGGAAAAUCCUCUGGAUCAAUCAACAAUCAGCCUGCAAAUGGGCACCAACAAAGGAGCCAAUCAGUCUGGCAUGACGGCCCCAGGUACCAAGCGGCAGAUCUUCGAUAAGAAGCUGGACAUGGAGAUGUGCGACACAUCUACUGUCUCACUGCAGAUGGGCACCAACAAGGUGGCAUCCCAGACUGGCAUGACGGUGUACGGGCUGCCCCGCCAAGUGUAUGACAGGAAGUACUGCUCCAGUCCCAAUGACCUCAUCGACAACGGGCAGGACUCAGAGAUGGAUGGAUAUCAGUAUUCCGACUAAGAGGAAUAGACAGCUGGCACUGCACUGCUUUUUAAAAAAUAUUCACCUGCACUAUUUCUGAUAUUCCAAAUUUAUGGUGACCAAUAGGAUCAGCUUGAACUUUUUUACCAACAUCACUGCCACCAAUCAAAGCGGAAUACUUCCGUGACUGACCGUUCGUAGAAAAAUGAAAAUGUGAGGAAUUUCAGGCAAUUUUGCUUUUUGUUUUGAAACACAUGCUCUUUUAGCUUCACUUAUAUAGCUUUACUUCAAAUGUUUGGUCCAAUUUUCUUGUGUAUAAAAAAACAUUUCAAAUGAGAUUUGUCUUUAUGAUGCCUCAUAGUUUUAUAUAAUAUAGGUGGAUUUGGUCACGCCAGCAGCUGUUAUGGUGCAUAGUGUCUGAUCUGUUCAAUGAAGCUCUUUUGAUUGGAUGAGGAAGUGCCCAGAAGACACCAGUGCUACUGCCCAAUCAAACCAAAAGAUUUGUAAAGAAGAACUGCCUUAAUGAACUUUACUGUGUCUGUCUGAUUUUAACAAAGUUUCCAUUAUUUCAGUGAGUUACUCACGUCAUGAAGUGAUCCAACCAAGGAGGACACUGGAACAACAUAUCACUGGAGCACAUUUACUUGCACGUUCUUUUACAGAUGUUGCUUAAUAAGCAGACAACGAAUUUAUCAAGUAAAUGCAUUAACUGGCUUUCCUUUAUCGGUGUAUGGUCAUAAACCACUUAAGAAUGAAUCCAUGGACACAGAGUGUUUACAUGUACGUUCUUACACCGAUUAUGCUUAAUAAACUGACACCAUGCACAUGCAAGGCUUUUACUGAUCAGUAUUAAGUCUCAAACAGCUUAAGAAUAAACCAGUCGACAAAGCACGUGUACAUGCACGCCAAUACGCGGAUAACUCCCAAAAAUGUGCUUAUUUAAAAAUCCGACAAAGCAAAAAAUCAGCGUUUAAUGACAUUUGAAAUAAACAUGUUAUUCUCUGCUUUUGACAUCAAACCGUGAGGCAUGCGCACAACACUUGCGCACAUUGGAUGAGGUGGUAAGAAUGCCGGUAAAGGUCACAUGCAAUGCAAAAUCAGUGUAAUGGGUAAAAAUACACCCUUGUCGACUGGUUUAUUCUUACGCCGAUUAUGAUCUUAAACCGAUAAAGAAACUGUGUUUACAUAACUACACACAUUGUUGGCUUAUUAAACAUAAUUGCUGGAAGAACUUGCAUGUAAACAUGCUCACCAGUAGAUUUUUGCCAAUAUCCGUGAUUUCGCAUUGCAUGUAAACACUUUAAUCGCCGUUCCGAUGUACGCACGUGUUGUGCACGUGCCUCGUGACAUGACGUCAAAAGCUAAAUGUCACAUAAACGCUAUGUCGGAUUUUUAAAAUAAGCCGAUUUUUUUGGGGGUUAUCUGCAAAUUGAGCGCUUUUAUAUGCACACCAAUACGCUGAUAACAAAACACGAAUCCGACAACGCAAGAAAACCGUGUUUGUAAUCAGGCUAUUUAUUCCUUCUGACGUCAAAACGUAAACAGUCAUGCGCACAACACUUGCGUUUAUUGGACAAGCCGGGGAAAACGCCGGGAAAAGCGUUUAAAUGCGAAAUCGGGGUAAUGGGCAAAUCCAUUUUUGGACACAUUGUUGAAUUUAAAAGUAUAAUCAGUUUAUGAAUGUGCGUGUAAAAGUGCUUGUCAAAGUCCAAACCCUUACCAUUAAUUACCUGUCAAAACAAAGAUGAUAAGGUAGCCCAAGCGCUUUAGCUAAAACCUAACCCUAAAAUCUGAUUGGUUGAAUGUUUUUCCAGGACUAAUAAAGAUGUUUUAAGUCACAUUACGCUUUAGGAAUUGCAAGUUAAGUGCAUGUCUUCCAGUACUUACAUCAGGCUAUAAAUGGCCACUAUGGGUAUUUUCACUGAACUAUAUGCCCAGUUUCUACACUUGAGUGCAAUUGAAUUAGCCUACUACUUACUGGGAGAAACUGUUCCUCAAAAUAUAUGAUUGAUGCCUCUAUUAGUGAGGUCAAUUAGAAGACUUUCUAAAUACAUUUCAGGAGGACAUUGUCUCAGUUACAAAAUGAAUCUGAUGUAUUUUAGAGAAAAACAUUAAAUCUGCUAUGUUAAAGCUAGUCACUAUGAUUGGUUGCUGAGAGGCAGUGUUUGAUUACCAAAAUAUUCUUUGAAAAAUCAUGUUAACAGCCAACUGAGCUAAAAGUCAAAAGCAAAUUUAAGAGGAACGAUUGCCACACACUAAGCUUAUAUGCUCAUAAAUCAAACAAUUAUUUAAUAAACUUGCAUGCAUGCAAGCAUGACUGGUCUUUAGCUUUCCAAACUUAACACCUAUAAAUUAAAUGACGAAUCAAGAAGGAAUAUAAUAAUGCAAAAGCACAGCACAUAAAGGAAGUGUAAAUCAGGCUGGUUGUGGGCAAGAGUGCAGAGUCCUCUAGUGGCUGUAUAUGAGAAGAUAGGUUGAAUGUGCAUCCUCAUUUGUGACUUAAUAUUUUGUUUAGAAUUUCUUUUUAAAAUAUGGCUAGAUUUGGUAGACUUUAAUAUAUUAUUGACAUAUGAAAAUUGUCUUUGUUUUGUAUUGAUGCUGAUAUCAACAAAAUGCAAGAUCGUACAAGUCAACCUUGCUUUUGCUUCCCAGAGAGAUUUAUUUUGUGUGUCCCUCUGGCAUCAAUGCUAAAAAAGUGUAUUAUAAUUUAUAAGGCUUUACAAAAAUGGCUCAGCAUAUGUGAAAAACUAAUAAAUCACUAUU